AGGGCACAACCAUGAAGCCUUUUCUGGUUGCCCUGCUGGUAACAGUCCUGUGUGCCAAGCAAGCCUACUCGCUGUUUUGCUACACGUGUGACAACGAGCACUCCAACUGGAACUGUCUUAAAUACUACAAAUGUGAGGACCAUGAGAAAUUCUGUACAACCACAUACAGCUCUGUUGGGCUUGGCAAGGACAAAGGGUACCGCAUCACCAAGAAAUGUUCUGCAGAGUGUCCUGAGACCAACCUGAACUUUGGUGUGGCAGCUUAUUCCACCAAAUGCUGUGAUAGCUUUUUAUGCAACUUCAGUGGUGCCAACAGCAUCAAGAUCAGCUACGCCGUGAUGUUCCUGGGAAUUGCGGCCAGCUUGAUCUGCGUCGCCAGGGCAGGAUUGUGAUGAGAGGUGGGAGAUGAUGUGACAACCCAAGAACCUACAAGGUUUCCCCAACUAGGAAACCAACACCUUCUGUCAAAUGUCUCCAAAAAGGUCUAUGCUACCCUGGUUUGUCCAGGACAUUGCUUCUGAUGCCAGACACAAAAUGGCAUGGCAGUGUAGCUCUUAUUUCCCCCCCUGUAUAAUUUGUUCUUUUAUACUUCCC